UAUUGAAUUUCCCAAAGCCCAUGAACACUCGCUUGUUAUCGCGAAGGAUCUUUCUGAUUUCAAAUGUGGUUUUUGUGGAGAGGAAGAUCAUCUUAGGUAUCGUUACAGAUGUUAUCUAUGUAUAUUGGAAUUCGAAAUCAGGUGUUCUAUGCUUUCUUUAGAGAUAGACUACCCUUAUCACCCUAAACAUCCCCUUAAGUUCCUCACUAAAGAAGAACAACAUUUCUCCCAUGGGAAAUGUCGUAUAUGUGGAAAAGAAUUAAGAUGGAAAUUUUAUCAUUGUUCAAUCUGUAAAUUUAGUGUGGAUGUUGAUUGUGUGAGGGAUCCUUCACCGCUUGCAAUCUUAUUUCCUAAGGCUCAUGAACAUCAACUCAGCGUUACACCAAGGAAAAUAUCUUUUGAUUGUGAUGCUUGUGGGAUGGCGGGUCAUCGGAGUCCUUAUUCAUGCCAACAAUGUGAUUUCAUGAUUCAUCAAAGCUGUAUUGACUUACCGGAGAUCAUCAACGUCAACCGUCACGAGCAUCGUCUUUCUAGGUGUCUUCAUCUAAGUCCUGGGAGUUGGAUAUGCGGAUUUUGUCACAAAAAAGUUGAUUGGUCAUAUGGUGCGUAUUCUUGCUCGAUUUGUCCUAAUUAUGCCAUUCAUUCUAAAUGUGCAAUACGAGAUGAUGUAUGGGAUAAGUUAGAGCUGAAAGGGAUACCAGAAGAACCUCAAGAUAUGGAACCAUUUAAGGUAAUAGAUGAAAACCUGAUAUGUCAUUUUAGUCACGAAGAACAUUAUUUACAACUCAACGAGGAAGAUAUCAUAUUCGGUGGAAGCAUUCUUUGUGAAGCAUGUGUCUUACCUAUAUAUUCUCAAGCAUUCUAUAGCUGCGUGCAAUGCAAUUUCAUUCUCCAUAAAACAUGCGCUAAUCUUUCUAGAAAGAAACGGCAUUUUUAUCAUGGCAAACCAUUAUCUUAA